AACUUACUGACUUCUGCUACCGAGUAGAGUUUGUUGUUGUACACCCUGUAGAAAGUGACAAACCGACACCCAAACACUACUCUUAAUCCACUGCUUUCCGCCGGCGCGGUCGCCGUCGCCGUCGUCGCAGUGCAAUGACUACUCGGAGGAGAUCAUCCUCCCGGUUGCAAUCCUUAUUUGUGAAGUUCUCUACUGUUUCAGCAAUUAGAGUAUUGCUACUCUUUCUAGCUUUGGCAUUUACAUUUGCGCUUCCAGAAUCAGAUCAGUUGCUUAGUGGAGGAAGUAAUGGCACACGUAAUGGUAGUGAAUUCAGCAGUGGACCUCGGAGUAGGCCUAAAGAGGAUAGUUUUGCUGAUAUGAUCGAUCGAGCACUUGAAAAAGAGUUCACUGAAAAUGAUAAGGAUGAAGUUAAUGAUGCGGGCAGCUUCAAUAAUAGUGUGGCCGAGCAGCAGGCGGUGUUGGAGACUGUGGCUAGAGUUAAGCCCAAGAAAAAUGUCACAAAGAAAGAGGACAAAUCCUUUCAGCUUCAUCAUGUUUUUAAACUUGAUAAUGACCAUGGAGCAGAAGAAACACCAACAUUAAUAGAUAGAAAGGACAAUGUCUUUAUCAUAUCUAAUUUCAAGUCCAAGUAUCCGGUAUUACAGUUAGACUUGAGGUUGAUAUCAGAUCUAGUAGUGGUCAUUGUUUCUGCAACAUGUGGUGGAAUUGCCUUUGCUUGUGCGGGUCAGCCGGUUAUAACUGGAUACUUACUAGCAGGAUCUGUUGUUGGACCUGGAGGUUUUAAUGUUGUCAGUGAAAUGGUGCAAGUUGAGACAGUGGCUCAGUUCGGUGUAAUUUUUCUUCUUUUUGCUUUGGGGCUGGAGUUCUCAACCACAAAGCUCCGUGUUGUUCGAGCUGUUGCAGUUCUUGGAGGCUUACUUCAAGUUCUUCUUUUUAUAUGUCUAUGCGGAAUUACAGCCUCGUUGUGUGGCGGUAAACCUUCAGAGGGUGUAUUUGUUGGAGCAUUUCUCUCAAUGUCUUCUACAGCUGUGGUGUUGAAGUUUUUGAUGGAAAAGAAUAGUACAAAUGCACUUCACGGCCAGGUUACAAUUGGCACUCUUAUUUUGCAGGAUUGUGCUGUAGGUCUUCUGUUUGCUUUGCUUCCAAUCCUGGGAGGCACUUCCAAUGUUCUGCAAGGGUUAAUAUCCAUGACAAAGUCGUUGGUCAUGUUGCUCUCAUUUUUGGCUAUUUUGUCAAUAUUAUCACGGAAGUGUGUUCCAUGGUUCCUGAAGCUGAUGAUAAGCUUAUCAUCACAGACUAAUGAACUGUAUCAAUUGGCUUCAGUGGCAUUUUGCCUCCUUGUAGCUUGGUGUAGUGAUAAGCUAGGUCUAAGCUUAGAGUUGGGUUCAUUUGCUGCUGGAGUGAUGAUUUCAACAACUGAUCUUGCCCAACAUACUCUUGAACAAGUUGAACCCAUUCGCAACUUCUUUGCAGCUCUUUUUCUUGCCAGUAUUGGGAUGCUCAUCCACGUUCAUUUCCUCUGGAACCAUGUUGAUAUACUACUUGCAUCAGUGAUAUUAGUGGUCAUUGUUAAAACUGUUGUGAUUUCUGCAGUUGUUAAGGCCUUUGGCUACAACAACAAAACAUCACUGCUAGUUGGAAUGUCUUUAGCACAAAUAGGAGAAUUUGCUUUUGUGUUGCUCAGUCGUGCUUCUAAUCUUCAUCUAGUUGAGGGUAAAUUGUACCUGCUGCUUCUAGGGACAACAGCUCUCAGUCUGGUGACUACGCCAUUGCUUUUCAAGCUUAUACCUGCUGUAGUUCACCUUGGUGUGCUGCUUAGGUGGUUCCCACCUGAUAGUCCAAGUGAGUUUGGAUUCAAAAGUGACAAUUUCCGAUCUGAUAGUGCUAAACAAAGGAUUGCACUGGUAUCCAAGGAUCUGAUUCACGAAGGUUAAAUUUGUGAGCAAGGUCUAGAUGGCCUAUUUUGCUUGGAAAAGUAUCCUAGUUCACAGCCUGAAUGGUGCUACAAAGGUUGUGGACUCUACUAUUUCUUGCCUCUUCCUAAUGCGAGGGACUUGAUAUGUUUUUCUUGUUAUAUAUCUUGACCAAACUAGAGAAAGGCAAAGCUAUACAUGCCUCCAAAGGGGGACAGACCUGGAUACAGAGGUAGUCUAACUGCAAACACAGCUAACAAGUCGAAGCAUCGUUCACCUAAGGUAAUAGAUAGUUUUCAAAGUUACUUAAUUCUUUCUUAUUUGUUUCUUAUAAUUGUAAAAUAAUUUUGGUAUAUGAUGUAAUUGUAACUACUAUGUGAAUUCUCACUCUAAUUUCAUUUAUGUUCCACAUGUAGUUUCCACAAUGUAACUGUUCAUGUUUUUAUGAUACGAGGUCAGCUGUAUAAAAAUGUCAUGCCUUAAUUUGUUGUUUUGUGAAAA